CCCCCCAGUCCCGAUCCCCCAUCUGCCUGUUCCCACACUCAGAGCACCGCCCUCCCCCAGCAGGACAGCGAUGGUCUCCAACAGGAAGCUGUUUGCAGAUAACGCCGGGGCGCCGGCCUGAUUUGCUGGGCAGUGGGACGGCCCGGGCGCCCGGCCUCUGUGUGGGGGCUGCCAGACUCAGUGUCCUCGCGGGCCCCUGACAGUCAGGACACCCCUUCGCCUCCCGUGCGCCUCACUCAGGGGUCAGUGCCCUGCCCGCGCUCAUCAUGAAGAGGGCUCUGGCCCUCGUCAGCCUGGCCUUCCUGUCGCUGGCCCUGCCUGCACACGCGCAGCAGACCGUGGACGAUGCCUGCUCCCUGCAGAUCCUGGUCCCGGGCCUCAAAGGGGACGCUGGCGAGAAGGGGGACAAAGGCGCACCUGGCCGGCCUGGAAGAGUGGGCCCCACAGGAGAGAAAGGAGACGCGGGCGACAAGGGACAGAAAGGCACUGUGGGUCGCCACGGGAAGAUCGGUCCCAUCGGCUCUAAAGGUGAAAAAGGGGAUUCUGGCGAUGCAGGGCCCCCUGGCCCCAACGGAGACCCAGGCCUCCCCUGUGAGUGCAGCCAGCUGCGGAAGGCCAUCGGGGAGAUGGACAACCAGGUCACCCAGCUGACGACCGAGCUGAAGUUCAUCAAGAACGCUGUCGCCGGCGUGCGUGAGACCGAGAGCAGGAUCUACCUGCUGGUCAAGGAGGAGAGGGCCUACGUGGACGCGCAGCUGUCCUGCCAGGGCCGAGGCGGCACGCUGGCCAUGCCCAAGGACGAGGCCGCCAACGGCCUCCUGGCCGCCUACGUCACGCAGGCGGGUCUGUCCCGAGUGUUCAUCGGCAUCAAUGACCUGGAGCGUGAGGGCAGCUUCCUGUACGCCGACCGCACCCCCGUGCAGACCUUCCACAAGUGGCGCAGCGGGGAGCCCAACAACGCCUACGACGAGGAGGACUGCGUGGAGCUGGUGGCCGCGGGGGGCUGGAACGACGUGGCCUGCCGCACCACCCUGCCCUUCCUGUGCGAGUUCGACAAGGAGCGCGUGUGAGCUCGGCCGGCCCUCCGCACCCUGUGUCCUGUGGUUGGACAGGGGCCACGCGGGGCCGUCGUGGCUGAACCGGACCAGGGCGCCUGCCUAGGAGGGAGGGCUCCCGCUGUCUCCGGGGAAGAGGCGAAGCCUCCUCUCCUGCUGUAGUCCGGAUGCUCCUUGCGGCCGCGCCGCUCGGGAGGGUCCCUGCCCCUGCCCAGCUCGAAAUAGCCCUCAGGUGCCACCCCAGCCCCGCCGGCGGCGGCGGGCCUCCCAUGGUUUCUGCGUGGAGAGGAGCCGCUUCACCGAGACCCACGUUUCUGUGCAUUAGAGUCCAGGGCACGUCCCGCUCACUGUUAGCCAGUAGGUAGGGGCAGCUUUGCUUCGCUGCAAACCCAGGUGCAGGGGGAAGGGAAGUAAACGCUC